AAGAAUCCUUCUCUCUUUCUGUGCAUUUCUCUUCGGUUCCACAGUUGCUAACGUGCGCAGGGUAUCCUUAUCGUGCACGCGAAGCAGAAGAGAAGAGAAAGAAGUAAAUAGAAGAAGCGGGGAAAAAACCAGAAGAGAGGGAAGCUAAAUCGGGACUGGCGCAUUUUAGCCGUCCGCCAUAUCCUUCGCUGUCGCUUCUCCUUUCCGAUUACAUCGGUUUCUUCUCUGCCUCCUUUCAUCCGAUUCGAUGGCUGCUCCACCUGCUAGGGCUAGAGCCGAUUACGAUUAUCUCAUAAAGCUUCUUCUGAUUGGAGAUAGUGGUGUCGGUAAAAGUUGCCUCCUCCUACGUUUCUCUGAUGGGUCUUUCACCACUAGCUUCAUUACCACCAUUGGCAUUGACUUUAAGAUAAGAACGAUUGAACUUGAUGGCAAACGUAUCAAGCUCCAGAUUUGGGACACAGCUGGUCAAGAACGGUUUCGUACAAUCACCACUGCUUAUUACCGUGGGGCAAUGGGCAUUCUGCUGGUGUACGAUGUCACAGACGAGUCAUCAUUUAACAACAUUAGGAACUGGAUUCGUAACAUCGAACAGCAUGCGUCAGAUAAUGUUAACAAGAUCUUGGUAGGGAACAAGGCUGAUAUGGAUGAAAGCAAGAGGGCGGUGCCUACAGCAAAGGGUCAGGCUCUUGCUGAUGAGUACGGAAUUAAGUUCUUCGAAACAAGUGCCAAGACAAACCUAAACGUGGAAGAAGUUUUCUUCUCUAUUGGGAGGGACAUUAAGCAGAGGCUUUCCGACACGGACGCGAGAGCAGAGCCUGCGACGAUCAGGAUAAGCCAAACGGACCAAGCAGCUGGAGCUGGCCAGGCUACUCAGAAGUCUGCAUGCUGUGGAAGUUAAAAAAGUUCUUAAAAGUGAAGAGAUUUAAGAAUCAACAAAAGUUUGGUGGUGAAGUGAAAAACAAAACUAAGAAUUUUUUGUUUUAUUUCAAAAUUCCUGAUUCGUUCCUCUAAAUUUGCCUUUUUCUAUUUGUACGAAGGUUUAAUCGAAACUUGUAUUUUUCAUUUUCUGUUACUGAUUUUUUUUCCGACGGUGACUAAAUAGUCUGAACUGUUAUAUGUUUCUUCGUCAUUUACCUCUUUAUUCUUCUGUUUCUCUUGCUUCA